CGCGCCGACCGCUGGCAGCAUGUCUGCCUCCUCUUCCAGAAGGAAGAGCAAGGGGCGCCCGGCCGCGGGCGGCGGCUCCCCGCGGGAUGCUCCCCUCGGAGCUGCCGCGGGCGGGCCGCUGGUGCUGCGUGUCGCAGACGCCGUGGACGCAGGAGAUGACAAAGUCCCGAAGAUGCUGCGCAGAGCGCUGGCGCAGCUGUCGCUGAGCAGCAUGAAGUCUGCGGAUCUUUGCAUAGGGAGGCCGGCCCUGCUCACCUCCGCUGAGGGGCGGCAGGAGGUCUGUACUGCUUGGCCCACUGCAGGCUUCCCAGGGGGGAAAAUUGGGCUGGCUGAAACCACUCAGAAGAACCUGAAAGUAAAUCCAGGUGAUGCCCUCACUGUGCAGCCUGUGACUGGUGCAGUCAUCCAGGCAGAGGAAGUUGAUGUAAAGUUGAGGGACAAAGAUGCUACUGUUAAUGCUGAGGAAAUGUCUGUUUGUCUGCUGAGAAACCUUGAUGGGAAAAUAAUCCUGCCAGGAAACCUCUUGGCCUUCACUUACUAUGGCAGACUUUGCAACAUCGUGGUGAUGAAAGUGAAGGGGACUGACGGUGCAGAGCUGAUUGCCCAGGGCAGCGCCAUUCCCGGUGAUUCCAAUGAGCCAGACCUUGAGAGGUCUGAUUUGGAGAGCAGUGCCUUAGACUUGUCCUUGCAGCUGGGCAGGAUGGACAUUGGUGACAGUCCCGAGGUUGCCUCCGUGAGCACCCCAAGCAAAGCCGUGGAUCCAGGCUCACCAGUCACACCCAGUGCUCCAGACUCUGGGCACAGAGACAGAACCAGCAGGGGAGAUGGUGCAGACCCCCAGGAUCUGGAGCUGCCUGGGGAAGGCAGCACUGAGGGACUCCCACUAACUGGCAGAAUCGGAGCAGUGAGCAAUACAGAUUGUUUUUACUUCAUUUCUUCAAGAACUAAAAUCAAUUUUAUUGAGCCAAGGACCAGUGCAGCAGAGGAUGGCGAGUGUCAGUCCCGGGUCACCUAUGACAUGAUAGGAGGCUUAGGCAGCCAGCUCAGAACUAUUAGAGAAACUGUUGAACUGCCCUUGAAGCAACCUGAACUGUUCAAGAGCUAUGGGAUCCCUCCUCCUCGGGGAGUGCUGCUCUAUGGCCCUCCAGGAACUGGGAAGACCAUGAUUGCCAAGGCCAUCGCUAACGAGGUUGGCGCUCAUGUUACUGUCAUUAACGGCCCUGAAAUCAUAAGCAAGUUUUAUGGGGAGUCUGAGUCGAGGUUACGUCAGAUAUUCGCUGAGGCUUCUCUCUGUCGCCCCUCAAUUAUAUUUAUAGAUGAGUUGGAUGCACUCUGUCCAAAGAGAGAAGGGGCUCAGAAUGAAGUGGAAAAGAGAGUUGUUGCUUCACUGCUGACAUUAAUGGAUGGCAUUGGCUCAGAAGGCAGUGAAGGGCAGCUGUUGGUCCUUGGGGCCACCAAUCGCCCUCACGCCCUGGAUGCAGCACUGCGCCGCCCGGGGCGUUUCGAUAAGGAGAUAGAAAUUGGAAUUCCCAAUGCCCAUGACCGUCUGGACAUACUCCAGAAGCUUCUCAAGAAGGUUCCCCAUUCACUCACAGCAGAGCAGCUGGCACAUCUGGCUGAUAGUGCACAUGGUUAUGUGGGUGCAGACUUGGCAGCCUUGUGCAAGGAAGCAGGUUUGUACGCGCUGCGGAGAGCGCUGGGGAAGAGGCCCGGCCUGUGGGACACCGCCGUGGCUGGGUCAGUGACGAUUGCUUUCAAUGACUUCCUGCAGGGGAUGAAGAAUGUCAGGCCCAGCGCCAUGAGGGAGGUGGCAAUUGAUGUGCCAAAAGUAUCUUGGUCAGACAUAGGAGGACUAGAAGAUGUCAAGCUGAAGUUGAAGCAGGCAGUGGAAUGGCCUCUCAAACAUCCAGAGUCCUUCAUCCGAAUGGGGAUCCAGCCUCCUAAGGGUGUCCUGCUUUAUGGACCUCCUGGGUGCUCAAAAACCAUGAUAGCAAAAGCUUUGGCUCAUGAAAGUGGCCUCAACUUUUUGGCAGUGAAGGGGCCUGAGUUGAUGAACAAAUACGUUGGUGAGUCUGAACGAGCAGUGAGAGAGAUCUUCAGGAAAGCCAGAGCAGUGUCUCCUUCAAUUCUCUUCUUUGAUGAAAUAGAUGCCUUGGCAGUUGAAAGGGGAAACUCUUCAGGUGCUGGCAAUGUAGCAGACCGUGUCUUGGCUCAGUUGCUGACAGAAAUGGAUGGGAUAGAACAGCUGAAGGACGUGACAAUCCUGGCAGCUACGAACAGACCGGACAUGAUAGACAAGGCCCUGCUGAGGCCGGGGCGAAUAGACAGAAUUAUCUACGUGCCACUGCCAGAUGCAGCCACUCGCAGGGAAAUCUUCAGGCUCCAUUUCCAGUCCAUGCCAGUCAGCGACGAUGUCUGCUUGGCCGAGCUCGUGGAGCGCACGCAGAAGUACUCGGGAGCUGAGAUAACAGCAGUGUGCAGGGAAGCAGCCCUCCUAGCUCUUCAGGAAGACAUCCAUGCCAAAUCUAUCACUGGCCGGCACUUCCGGGGUGCGCUGGCGGUCGUGAGCCCGAGGAUUCCCGACUCGUUAAUCCAGUUUUAUGCAGAUUACCAGCAGCAAAGUGGACUGCACGCGCUCUGAAAGGCAAAUUAAUACAUUCCCUAUUCACUGUGUGAAUGGCACAUUUCCUUUGUGAAGCUGUCAGAAGCCAAAGAGUUUUGUACCGUGAGCGAGUGGAGUGUCUGGAGUUAACUGAAUGAGGAAUUGCUGUUAAUAAAAGUCCCUGUGGAAGUUUUGCGUGUCAUAGGCAUUGUCCUAAACUUUAGAUUUUACCAUUUUAGUCCUCUAACGUGCCUUUUAGGGGUAGUCAGAUUUCUGGUUUAAGUCAGUUUAUCCAUGUAUCAAAAAAACCCCAAAAGAUCAAAUUCUGAAAUUUGGUGGAUUCGUGGCCCUAAAGAGAGAAGCAACAAAUGCUAUUAUUGCCUUGAUUUGUUCCUGCCUCAACCACAGUUAUAUCCCAGUGAGCGACCUCAUUACAAAAAAUGCUUACAAUUAUUGUGAAUUUUUUUACUUGUGAUCUCCAGCAAAGCUGCCAGACAGGCUUUCUGAGAUAAAGCCAAGGCAUCCUGAUUGAUUACAGCCAAACAUUUAUCUUUAGUCUUCACCAGCUCCUUUUUAGACAUGCUGGCAAGUAGGCACCUUGAAAAACUGUCCAGCCCUUCACUGACCUGAACUCACU